AUGACAAGUUCCGUUCUGAUGAAAAAGUCACCUCGAUCUCCUCGUGGUUCUGGUAGUACUCUCUCCGAUAUAACCACAACCACCAUGACAACAACAACAACAACUGGAAGUGAGAAUGAUCUUCUUUCUUCUCCAUUCGAUCCAGCAACAACAACAAUCUCCUCAACCAAUCCUUCAUUAUUGCCUUCUCAACAACAACAACAACCACUCUUUAAUCCCGAUGAAUAUGAAUUACAACUGGUCGAAGUCAUGGAAAUUCAUGAGAGUCGAGAAGUAUUUCUCAAUUACAUUCAACGGUUUGCAAUUCCUGAGACAGUUUCCUUUUUGAGAGACAUGUGGAAAUUUAAGGAAAAAAGGAAGGGAAUUUAUAAUCCAACGACCAUGUCCAUUCGUCCAGAGAUUCAAACAGAGAAUCUUCAGAGUAGUUUUUCAUCGAGUUUUUCAUUGAAUUCUCAUAAAAAGACAGUCGCUGAAUUGUAUCGAAUGGCAAAAGAAAUGAUUUCGAAUUAUAUGGAAAAGGAAUCCAAAUAUCAAUUGAAUGUGUCAUCGGAGGUCACAACCUCUCUAGACAAGCGAUGGCAUUUGAUUAGUUCAGUACUGAAAACGUUUGGCAAUGUUCGAGUGCAUAGUAUGAGUUUGACGAAACAAUUGUUUAAAAGUGAGGCAUUUGAAAGUGAAAUGUUAAGUUUGGAAUUGGAUCAAGAUGUAAUUAAAUUGCCAACAGUCAUUGUAGAAACACCUCAAGAAGAAGGAAAUUGUCAAGCUGAAAUUUUAGAAUAUAUCGAAGAUACAAAAUCGAGUGCAUCGUCGUCAUCGACACCGCCUCCGUCCAAUGAUCCACAACAUCUCUCUGCUUGUUCUAACAAUAAUUUGGAAUAUGAAUCUUCAUUGUUUGUCAAAUGUUUAGGUCACAUUGAAGAUAAGAAUCAAUUCAAUGAUAUUCUAGUGAAAUUGUGUCAAAUCUUUGACCAUGUGGAAUAUUUCAUUUACAAGGAUUUGGCUAUGGAACAUUUUCCAAAAUUCAAAAAGAGUGCAGAAGCUAAAAACUUUCUUCUUUCAAAAGGUGAAGAUUUCACAAAGAAAAUUGCAAUUAAUAUCAAACUAGGUUAUGAAAUUGAUAUUCGAUACAAGGCCAAGGAUUUCAUUUCUCCCUCCAUUACUGACAAGGAUAUUUAUUUUAUUAUCAUGCUGUGUAAAGAUGACAGUUGGGAAAAGGUGACUGAAAAGUCUCUCCAUGUGGAAAAGGACUUGGUGACCUCGUAUCAAGUGUUUACAUCCAGUAAGAAGUUUCUCAUUGGAGAAGAAAAAGAGAAUACAAGUUUUAAAUUGGCCAAAGUAGAGAUUUCAUUACCAUUCUCGGUUGAAGAUAGUUAUAAGGUCAUUGUGGAUCGACAAGCCAAAUUAAAAUCAGAUCCAAUGACUGUUGGAGAUUUUGAAACGUACAAAGUGGAAGCAUGUGCCGGUCCCAAGAAACCACUCUCCAUGGCUUACUCGAGUGAAAGUUAUAAUUUAGGAAAAUUCUCAAAGAAUCGAGAAAUUAUUUUUGUACAAACAUUACUUCACGAUCGAAUUACAAAUUGUUACAUUAAUCUUGCAAAAUCAGCAGAAUUUGAAGAAAAACGGAAGAAUAAGGAACGUAUACUUGUAGAUAUCAUGUAUUCAUACAUUUUUAAAAGUGAGGGGCCUCAAAAAUGUAAACUCACUUACAUUUUGUUUGGUGACAUGAAAAUGGCCAUUGACAAUGACAUGUUUUUCAAAAAGUUUAUCAAGAGUCGAGCGAAAUCCAUCUCCAAAGGUUUUACCAAGCAUCUCAAUGAACGCACGAAACAUGGCACGACAUCUUUUGGUCAAGUGGAUGACAUUUUCUGCCUACUUCAAUGCUUGGAACAAAACUCAAUGAUUUAUCCUCAACGAUCAUGGUUUGAAGAAUUUUCAUCACAUUUGGAGAAGGCGAGCUGUAACAUUAAUGGAACGACGAUGGAUAAGGUUGAAUUUUUGGACUUUUUGGAUGGAAUUUGA